UGGACCGCCACCGAGCAAGCCUCUACCACCACACUACAAGUAUGGCCUCGACCUCGACGACCGCGACGACAACCUGCUUCUUCAACGACUGCAAGAACCCCGUGCUCCCUGGCUCGUGGAAGUGUGCGUACCACCGCCGCCGCGCCCGCUGCCUCGUGCAAGAGUGCACCAACCAAGUGCACGCGCGCAACCUCUGCGUGCGUCACGGCGGCCAAAAGACGUGCCAGUUUGAGGGCUGCUGCAUGAACGCGCGCAUCCGCGGCUUCUGCUACAAGCACGGCGGCAAGGACAACCGCCGCCGGUGCGCCGUCGACGGCUGCACGCGCAACGCCGCGUACGACCACAAGUGCAUCGCCCACGGCGGCGGCCGGCGCUGCACGACCGAAGGCUGCUCGGCGCACGUGCGCAAGCAAGGGCUCUGCGGCCGCCACUACCGCCAAACGAUGGGCGACGUCGACGCCAAGACAGUGCUCCUCUCGCCGUGCUCGGCGACGUCGACCGCGUCCUUCCUCGAUGCGCUCUUCCAGGACCUCAUCGAGGACGAAGCCAAGGAGGCGAGUUCGAUCAAGACCGAGCCCCUCUCGCCGCAGCAAUAUGCGUGGCCGGCGGUGCUGUGGACGGACGAGUGGCUCAAGGCCGGCGACUGCUGAGAAGAAGAAGCUGUAGCAUUAGUACAUGGAGUUGCAUCGUCACGUCUAGUUUAUUUACCCUGAAGCAGGUUCAUUCCGAUUCAACGCUCGUGGACUUCCUC